GUUCGGACGUGGGGCACACGCAGAGCCUGCGCCGCAACCGCGGCACCGGUAGCACCACCACCGCGCAGCUGCUACUUUCAGCCAGGAACCGCCAGGGUAUUCCGACGGUGCAAGCAGAGCAAAUCCUACCUGCUUUCACGCCGGAUGACACCAUAUCGCUGGGCCGGGUGGACACGAACGGCAGUCAGGGCAGCUCGGACGAGUUGGAUGCUGACCGCACGGCGUUGACCGAAUUCUUUUCGGAGACCGAGAGCGCCUUUCUCCGACGCUUUAAACGGCUGAAUCGCUGGAAGAAAACGCAGUGGUGGCUACAGUCCAAUCAGUUGCACAACAGCAGACCAGGGCGACAUUUGCGGAUCAGCAACAGUUGGCAGGUGUUUUUUUCUGGCACCUGGGUGAAGG